CACUCCGCGGCUGCACCAGAUUGAACACCGACCCACCACGCGUCCCUCCCAGCCCCUGUCUUCCUCUUCCCCUGCCGCACCACGCCACCCAACCACCCGGCUCCAAACCCGCCGCCGCCGCCAUGGGGAGGCGAUCCGGGGGCAGGAAGCUGCCCUUCUUCGCCUCCGCCGGCUCCACCUCCUCCACCAAGCGCACCCGCUCCGCUCGCCGCCUCCCUUCCCUCCCCAAGACCACCUCGCCGCCUCCCCCCCACGCCACCUCCCCACCCCCCGCGCCGCACCCCACCACGUCCCCGCCCGACCUACCUUCCGCCGCCGCGGCCUCCGUGUCCGGCAAGGUCGCCAAGAAGAAGGCCGGCGCGCGCCUCUGGAUGCGGCUGGACCGCUGGGGGUCCUCCGAGAUCCUCGAGCUCGACAAGGCCUCCAUCAUCCGCCGCGCCGGCGUGCCCCUGCGCGACCUCCGCAUCCUCGGCCCCAUCUUCUCCCACUCCUCCAGCAUCCUCGCUAGGGAGAAGGCGAUGGUGAUCAACCUGGAGUUCAUCAGGGCGAUCGUGACCGCCGACGAGGUGCUCCUGCUGGACCCGCUCGCGCACGACGUGCUCCCUUUCGUCGACCAGCUCAGGCAGCACCUCCCUCUCAAGAGCCCUGCCGGUGGGAACGGUGGGGACCCCGGGAACCAGGCGCCCUGUCUAAACGAGGCGACCGGGGCAGAGCACGAGCUGCCGUUCGAGUUCCAGGUGCUCGAGGUCGGGCUGGAGGCCGUGUGCUCCACGCUCGACUUGAGCGUGGCUGAGCUCGAGAGGCAUGCUACUCCUGUGCUCGAUGAGCUCACCAAGAACGUGAGCACGCGGAACCUGGAGCGUGUGCGGAGCCUCAAGAGUGACCUCACCCGAUUGCUUGCCCGUGUUCAGAAGGUCAGAGAUGAAAUAGAACAUCUUCUAGAUGAUAAUGAAGACAUGGCACAUCUGUAUCUAACACGGAAGCAAGCACAGAAUCAGCAGGUUGAGGCCAUUAUGACAUCUGCUGCUUCCAAUAGCAUUGUUCCUGCAGGAACAAGUCUGCACAGGCUCAACUCUAGUUUCCGGCGUAGUGUGAGCAUUGCUACCAGUAUCUAUUUGGAUAAUGACGUGGAAGACCUAGAGAUGUUGCUUGAGGCCUACUUCAUGCAGCUGGAUGGAAUUCGCAACAGAAUUUUAUCGGUUCGAGAGUAUAUUGAUGACACAGAAGACUAUGUCAACAUUCAACUCGACAACCAGCGAAAUGAACUCAUUCAGCUUCAGCUUACGCUGACCAUCGCAUCCUUUGGCAUAGCUAUCAAUACCUUCAUUGCUGGGGCAUUUGCGAUGAACAUCCCAUGUUAUCUUUAUGACACGGAUGGCAGCUUCUUUUGGCCAUUUGUUGGGGGUACCUCGGCAGGCUGCUUUGUGAUCUCCAUCAUUUUAUUGGGGUACGCCUGGUGGAAGAAGUUGCUCGGCCCUUGAACACAGUGAAGCCAAGUCAUGAGAUGGUGAAAGAGCUCAUCAUUGAGAAGGUGGCAAACUGGCAACUCAUGUUCGCGUAUAACUCUGGCGAGGGAGCAAAGGACUUAAGGACAGAGGAGCACCGUGGGGUUAGGGAGAGAACUCUGAUGUAUUUAUGUUCCAGAGUACUAGAUAAGAUUAUCAAGCUGUGAUUUUUUAUUGCCAUAAAAUAUACAACUACUUGUUGAGAGGAUGUUAUGAAUCCAUCUGCCUUCUCU